AUUUUAGAGAAACCUUCAAGAAGUGAAGCUCUGGUGAGCAAUAUGCUUUCUUUAAAGCUACAAGGAAUUGUCGAUGUGUUUUAGGUCUGUGGCAGAAUGUGAAAAAAGUGUCAAGGAGCUGUACUCUUUACUGGAAUGGGAGUACAACGAUGAAGAUUCUGGUGCAGCUGAUGCCGAAUCUACAAGUUGCAGACCCAUACUUCCAUUUCUGUUCGUUCCCUCCAAGUAUAACAUCAUUGAACAUUCAUCUUCUGAGCCCCACUCUCCUCAGUCAUCAAAGGCAGAAGAUGGAGAGAUUCAAGAGAGAUGGGAUGACUGUGAAAGCCCGAUUAUUUUAAAGAAAGAAGCAGUUGUGGUUUUGACUAAACUCAGAUCAGAUCAGGUCACUGCUGCCCUGUGUCCACCACCGCCUCAGCUUGACAACAGUGAAAAUGAAAGCAGUGCCAAUUCCGAAACGCAGUGGGAGCCAGAAAAUGUCUCCAGCGACUCCGGCGACUCCGAAUUUUCUGUAUCGGAUUUUGAUACGAGACCAAGCAAAAAAAGAAAAUUUAGCGACAGCAUUUGGAAAUACAAGAGGAUUAAGCAACUUUCUCGAGUCCGAAACACUGCCAGGGCCACUAGAUCGAAAACAUCAAGACUCAGAGCUGGAACCAAAAGCAGCGCUGAGAGCAACAAAAUGGAAACAACAGUGAACGCAACUCCAGAUGAUGAUGCUGCAAAUAACACUUCGGAAGCAAUAGCCCUCCAUGCAAACACGUCCAACGAGACCAGCACAUCGGAGUCCGAUGAGACCAAAACACCACAGUCCAACACGUCAAAAACAAAUCCACAAGCCAACGCAACAAACUCAACGCCCCAGAGCAACACACAAACCAGUCCAAAGAGAUGUCCAGUUAAAACAUCCACGGUGCCUGCAGAGAAUAAAACGCCUCCUCCAAAACUGCCAGAAGUGGGGAUCACUGUGAAUAUGAACGUCCUGGCAAGGAGGAGGACAAUGUGCUGGAAACCAGGGAAAAUUACAGAAAUAAUAACAAAAGAAGACGGUAAGGUGAAAUACAAGGUUGUCUUUGAUGAGAAGGGGAAAAGCCUUGUGUCCAGCCACCACAUUGCCCUUGACUGUACGCCAGUGGUGGACUACUUGGUUGUCGGUGCUCGUGUGGUGGUCAAGUGUCAGGAUGACCAGCCUUACUUCAAGCCUGGUAUACUGGCAGAGGUCCCAGGCAGGAAAAACCGCAUGAGAUUCCUGGUCUUCUUUGAUGAUCACACACCGCUCUAUUGUGGCUUGCCUUUAAUUCGCUUGGUGUGCAAACCAUUGGCUGACCCUUUGGAUGACAUUCCUGAUGAAAAUCACAGGAACUACAUGAGAGGGUAUUUGAACUCCUGGCCUUACCCACUGUUGUCGCAUUACAGAGCUGGACAAACGCUGAAUAUAGAAUAUAAUGGCGUUCAACAGAAGUGUGACGUCUUGGAAGUGGACAGCAGCUUGAUUUAUGUCGUUUUGUUGUGCGAUAAACAAAAGGAGUGGGUGUACCGAGGCUCCAUGCGCCUGGAACACAUGGUGAAGUUGAGGAAGGAAAUGCUGGUCAAAAAAUGA